AUUGGUCCUACAUUUUUGAUUUCCUUUUAUGAGACCAAGAAAAUCACAUCUACAGGUGAAGGCACUGAGAAGGGAAGACAGAAUCUUGGGUUCACAUUUGGGAGUUGUUGUUUCAAGUACAAAUCAGCAGUGGCUCUAUCUCUGUCUCCCCUGUUUCAGUUUUGAAGGGGAUCCAGGCUAAAUGUGGUGAAAGGUUUGGUUUUUCAUGAGGCUCUGAUCUUGAAAGCUGUGCAACAAUGGUAUGGGCCAAAAGGGUCUGAGGGAAAGGCUCUACUUUCGGUCUGGAAGGUUAUUUUCUGGGUUUUCUUUUGCGGGUGGAAAUUGAGAUUGCAAGUAGAAGAGUGAAGAGAGAUUCUGGUGGCUUUGAGAAGAACCCAUUUCAACUCUUCUCAGGCUGGGGCUCCAGGGAAGAUCAUUGAAGCAGAGAGGGUAUUGUAUUUGGUUUCUAUUUUGGAAAUUUUGAGGUUCUUGACAAACCCUUUUUGGAGUUUUUGUUUAUAAUUCACAGUUGUGAUUUGCUGUCAGUAAAUUUCAGUUCAAAUAUUGGAAAUGCAGAGUACCCAUCUUAUUGUGAACAAAGAUACUUUGGCGUGCAUUUGAGAUAAAGGUUUGUAGUAUCAGAGUAGUUCAGGAUGGCCGAAGAUACACAAGAAAUGCGAUCUUUGGCCUUGACACCAACAUGGUCUGUUGCUACUGUGUUGACAAUUUUCGUGGCUGUUUCUCUGCUUGUGGAGCGCGGCAUUCAUCGGUUAAGCCAUUGGUUGCGGAAAACUAAUCGUAAGCCCUUGCUAGAAGCUGUGGAGAAAAUGAAGGAAGAAUUGAUGCUGCUUGGAUUUAUCUCUCUUCUUUUGACGGCUACCUCAAGCACGAUAGCCAAUAUUUGCAUUCCGUCAAAGUUCUAUGACAGCAAGUUCUCUCCAUGUACAAGAAAAGAGAUUGACGAAGAACAUGAAACCAAUACAUCCAAGGAACGCAAACUGCUGAUGUUUACUGUUCUGCCUCAUACCUUUAGGAGAAUGUUAAAUAGCUUGAAUGCGAAUACCUGCAAAGAGGGUUAUGAGCCAUUCGUUUCAUAUCAAGGUCUUGAGCAGUUGCACCGCUUCAUCUUUGUCAUGGCAAUAACACACGUAUCCUACAGCUGCUUAACAAUGUUGCUUGCAAUAGUGAAGAUUCACGGUUGGAGAGCAUGGGAGGAUGAGGCUCACAUGGACAGGCAUGAUUCAUUGACUGAAAUCACUCGGCAGAUGACAAUGCGAAGGCAGUCUACCUUUGUAAAUACAACAAAUCCACUGGCCAGGAAUAGUUUUUUAAUCUGGGUGAUAUGCUUCUUCAGACAAUUUGGGCGUUCAGUCGUUCGGGCUGACUACUUAACACUCCGCAAGGGCUUCAUCAUGAAUCACAACCUUACACCAAAGUAUGAUUUUCACAGCUAUAUGAUUCGAUCUAUGGAAGAGGAAUUCCAAAGAAUAGUUGGUGUGAGUGCUCCACUCUGGGGAUUUGUUGUUGCUUUCAUGCUGUUCAAUGUACAAGGGUCUAAUCUUUAUUUCUGGAUUGCAAUCAUUCCAAUUACUCUAGUCCUUCUUGUGGGAAUGAAGUUGCAGCAUGUUAUUGCAACCCUUGCUCUGGAGAAUGCUGGUAUAACCGGAUCCUAUCCAGGAGCAAAACUGAGGCCUCGAGAUGAUCUUUUCUGGUUCAAGAAGCCAGAACUUCUGUUGUCCUUGAUCCAUUUUUGUUUAUUCCAGAAUGCGUUUGAAUUGGCUUCAUUCUUUUGGUUUUGGUGGCAAUUUGGGUAUAGUUCCUGCUUCAUCCGGAAUCAUACACUUGUAUAUUUAAGGCUGAUUUUAGGGUUUGCUGGGCAAUUCCUAUGCAGCUACAGCACCUUGCCACUAUAUGCUUUGGUUACUCAGAUGGGAACAAAUUAUAAAGCUGCAUUAAUCCCACAAAGGAUAAGAGAAACCAUACAUGGGUGGAAAAAAGCAGCUAGGAGGAAAAGAAGGCUGGGGAUAUACAAUGAUGAUUCAACCAUACACACAUGUACAGACACAAGCACAGUAGUGUCGGUUGAGGAAGAUGAUCGUGAAUUUCUGGAUGGCCCAGCCACUGAUGCCAACGCGCUUGAUGGAGUUGAGUUGCAACCUGUUUCUAGUGUGAUGACCAGUCCAUUCCCAGUUGCUAACGAAACAUCGAGUAGGGUAGGCACACCCCUUCUUCGGCCAUCAGCGUCUGUUUCCUCAUCAGUUUCAUUGAAUAUUCAACCAGAAACUGUUCCAAGAUCUGCGUCAAUGAAGUAGCAAUGUGGUGAAAUCGAUGAUGAAGAAUCCUUAAAAAGAGAAAUGUGUAGAGUUGACUCCCUGCUGUAUGCAAUUCAAAAAAUACUGAUGAGGGUUAAAGGCCAUAAAAUACCUACUGAACGGUAACGUGUUACAUGAUAUUGCUGAAAAAUGAAUAGAAAUAUGUGAUGUAGGAGUUUACUAAUUGUCAGAACACAUGCUAGUGAUACUACUGAUCGUUGUUGUGAGUUGGUUUAGUUACAUGGUAUUAGAGUACUGUGAUUUAAAACAAGUUAAGGAAGAAUGACCAAGCUAGCAGCUGGUUUGCGGGAGAUUGAGGUAUAUUAUUGAUGUGAUGAGUUUAUAAAGCAAAAUCAAAU